AUGGUGCAGAAAUGUUAUUGGUUAUCCCUGUUAUUUGCAUUAAUUUUUAACACGCUGGUUGGUGAAACCGAAUCACUUUUCUCUGAGUGUCCGAGGCAUAUGUACCCGCCACAGGAAUAUAAUCAUACAUUAAGUAUACCCGAAACACGUAUCUCUGAUACUAUUCGCGUAGAUAAUCUUUAUUAUAUCAACCAGGCCGGUCACGUAAAUUAUGUUUGCUAUCGCUUCAUGGGCGAAACCAAUACAACACGUAAAUCAGCUAAUCCUAAGGGAGUAGUUGAAAAAGUAAAACAAUCGUGCGUCAAUUGCGACGCCGGACACUUAAUACCUCAUUUACAUGGUGGAACCUCAAACCCUCGUAACUAUUUUUCUCAAAACAGUAAACUAAAUAAAGGGUUUUGGCGAGAUGUGGAAAAGUCACUUGAACACAAACCAAUAGGAAAAACAGUCAUGACAAUACAGUUGUUAUAUAAUUAUGAUAGAAAGUCGGAUGUAUUUAAUUCUCUUCCUUAUCCUCCACCAACUCAUAUACAAGCUAUUAUAAUGAAUGAUGGGGGAAAUCCAAAUAAUGACAACCCGUUAAUUUAUGAAUGCAUGAAUAUUCGAAACGAAGAUUCACAUCACUUUGAUGGCAACAUGCUUAUCAAUAAAUAUCUUAAAAAUAUUCCUAUUGAUAAACGGGCUUUGUGUAAAAAAUAA